CAAGUUCGUGUCAAGUUUCAAGCAUCUUUCCUCCAGCAUUGGAUAGUCCAGCAUGCCUUCGUCUCGCCAGUCGGCAGGGAACACGUCUACCAUGUCGAGCUUCCAGCCAGAGUUCGAGUCGACCCAACAAUUCGACACGGCGACGCAGUCACUGCAACUGCCCAACCUCCGAUCCAGCGCGCAGCGUUUCGCCUACUACCAGCCGCCGCAGCCUGAAGUGCACAUCGACUCAUCCUUUGUGCGUGACAGCUUCCCAGACUUCACCGAGAGAUCGCCCUCUCCAUCGCCCUCGCCCGACGCCAACAGGUCCAUCGAAGCAGGACGCGGCAAGAAAGGCAGCCCCAAGAGCUUCGACAUGUCCGACAUAGCACUGCCUAGUGACAGCCUCUACGAUCUGCACAGCACCCCUCCCAGAAGCGCGCGUCCCACUCCCAAGAAGACCGACAAUCUGAGAAAGGAGGCCUCGUUGCGACGCGCCCACUCGACCGACAAGAGAGCCAAUGCCUCUCAGCGCCGCUCCUUGUCUGACAUGCACCACAAAGUCCACCGCGAGAGCGACUCGUCCUUUGUCGGCGAAGACCGUCCCAUUACGAACACCACCCAGCCGCGAAACACGCGCUUUACCUCGGCCAACCUGCCCACUUCCUACUCCCACGACCAAGGCUUGCAAUCCACCUUGACUCCUCAGCGUCCCCUCCACAACCCCACCGCUACCUGGACCGGCUCCCAAACUCAAGCCUCGUUCAUGCUACCCGACCUCCCGAACAUCACCGAGCUGGUCUCGGGCAUGCGCAAGGAUGGAACUCCAGUUUUCUCACGCUCCCAGAAAUCCCGCUCGCGCUUCACCUCUGCCUCUUACAACAACCCCACCAUCACAAGCACCGUCACUCACGCGAACAUCAACUCCAUCGCUGUCCCUGACGAAGAAAAGGCCAUCUUCGCUUCUCUCCAACUCUUGAAGGACAAGGUCGCAAACCUCGAAUUGGAAAAGAGUGAAGCUCAAAAGAGACUGGAAGAAUACGAGACUGAAGUUGGUCAGCUCAAAUCACGUCUUGACAUUGAGCAAAAGUUACGACGUCCUGAUAGUGCCUUGGGAGAGGACGACGACAGUAGUGCAAAGGAGAAAUGGCGCCUCGAAAGAGCCACCCUUCAGUCUACCGUCAAGACUCUGCAGGACCGCCUCGAUCGUGGUAGACGUAAGCUGUCUGUGAAUGAUAUUGCCGUCAAGCGUUUGACUCAAGAACGUGACAACUUGGUCACUCAACUCGGCGUUGCCUACUACAACUCUGAGGAAAUCCGAAACGAGAACCUCCGUUUACGCGAUUCCAAUGAGCACCUUGAAGCCGAUGUCGAAGCGCUACAAGCAGAGAACAGUCGUCUACGAACCAGGCUAGCUCAGAUCAAAGCUCAAUUCAACGACGAAACCCAGCAGUGGAGCUCGCGUGAAUCGGAUCUCAAGGCCAAGAUUCAGCGUCGAGAGGUCGCUGUUCGCGACAUGCAACACGACCUAACCACUCAGUCCGCAAUCGAUCAAGACGGAAACUCGAAGUCAGUCAAGUCACGCACGACCCUUGAGCAUCAGCAGCUUGUGGGCAGCCGCCGACCAAGCGGAAGACUGGGUCAGCAUACCAAGCACAACAUUCUGGACAGCAUCGAGGAUGAGAUUAAGAAAGCUCGGAUCGCAUCUGCGUCUGGCAAUACCCGCUCUCGCUCUCGUUCCAGGUCCAACACUCGUCAGACUACUUCAAGGCCUCAGCGAACCGUCGAGUUGAGCGACAUCGAUUCCACGACCAAUCUAGAUUUCUCGAGACCCAUUAGAGAUGAGACUGAAGAAGACUCGAAAGACAUCACAUAUCUGAGUUUCCUCGAUCCCAAAGAGCUGGCUAAGUUGCGAAGGACUCUCGAGGAGGAACGUCGUGCUUCGAAGACCGCGCGUGCUGUGUCUGCGCCUCAAGUGCAAGAUAGCGCAACUUCAACCAACAUUGUCACAGCGCCUCGCAAGUCUUCCCUCAAAGACGUCACUACCAAUGACACUGGGCGUUUCACCAUCAGAUCUCAGAUUGACGAAAACACUGGCUUACUCAAGAACGUCCGCAUCCAAUCGCCUCACAUGUCAGAUGCGAUCUCAUACUCUGAGCCGAGAGAGUCCAUCGAGGCAUCGUUCAUGGGCACCUCGUCACGCCGAAGAAGUCGCAGCAAGAGCACGGAAGAGAUGACCUCUGCGUUCAUCCUUCCUGAUAUCACUCUCCAUACCGGCCCUGGUGCCGAAGCCACAUUGAUGGACGACAAUGGUGAUGUUUCACAUGACGGCGUGAACUGUACUGCUUGCCCAAGCAAUGACUCAGAGGAGAAGGAGGUUUCCAUACCACGACCAACACCCGUUUCCGAGCGCGAUAUUGAUGACACAAAUGCGACUGUUCGCCCAUCUCAACCUCCUCCCGUGGCUCUCGCCACCGUUCUCAAACAGCUUGAAGACGAAGUCACGCAUCUGAAGAUUCAGCUCAGGGCUUACGAGACAAUGUACAACAAGCACGAUCCCGCCCUUGGUCGUCGCAAGCGUCUGGGCGUGAAGCAAAGAAUUGAUACUCUUAUCGCCGAGGUCGAACGCCGCAGCGAUCAAAUCUACGCUUUGUACGACGUCCUGGAAGGACAAAAAGCAUCUGCAGACGUUGAUAGAGAGCAACAACAGCAAGAAGUUGCGGAUGAGAAUGUCGAAAGCACACUCCAGAGCCUGGGCAUCGAUGUCAAUGAACUGACUCAGAGAGCUAGAGAGGCCAAGCAAGUGCAACAACACCCUUUUGACGUUGCAGGACUUGAUGAUGAGAGCGACGGUGGAUUGUCCUGGGAAGGGUUCAAUGACGAGAGUGAAGUGGAGGAGAUGCAGUUGCCCCGGCGCCGUUCUGUGAACAUGGCUGCGGGUGCAUAGAGGUAGAUACGAGGAUGACUUUAUAUUAUGAUUUUUGUGUAUUGCUUUCUAUCGGGGCAAUUCUGAAGGGGAGUUUCUCCAGUCGAGCAUGUUUUGGGUCUAGGUUUAGUGGUUGGUGUCAUGGGCAAGAGGAUCCAGGAUUCACGUUGUUGUAGUCACUAUUCUCGAAUAAUCAUUUUCUUACCAUUGCAUGUUCAGUAUGGCUAUCAGUAUCAGCGCAUCAA